AUGCCGUCGCCACAGACGAAAGCCAUGGGCGUGGUGGACAGGCUCAGCUACGAGAUAUUCUCCCUGCUCGAGAGCAAGUUCCUCUUCGGCGGCGGCGGCGGCGCCGGGUGCCUGUCCUCCUCCGGGCCCGGCACGCCGGCCAGAGCGUUUCUUGACGGUGGGCGCGUGCGGGUGCUGUCCAUCGACGGCUGCGGCGGCGCGGGCGCCGAGGACGCGCUCCUGGCGGCCGCGGCGCUCGCGAGGCUCGAGGCCGGGCUGCGGGAGCAGGCCGGGGACCCCGACGCGCGCGUCGCCGACUUCUUCGACGUGGUUGCGGGCGCCGGCGCGGGGGCCGUGCUGGCCGCGAUGCUGUUCCUGAGGGGCGCCGACGGGCGGCCGCGGUACACGGCGCAGGAGGCGCUCGCGUUCGUCGCCAGCAGCGUCGGGAGGAAGGAGAAGAACUGGGGCGGCCGGCGCGGGCGGGACACCGUGGCGCCGCUCCUCGUGCCUUGCUACGACCUCGCCACGGGCGCGCCCUUCGUGUUCUCGCGCGCCGACGCCGUCGAGAGCGACAGCCUCGACUUCCGCCUCCGCGACGUCUGCGCCGCGACCGGCGCCGACCGUGGCGCGCUCGCCGACGUGAGGUCCGUCGACGGCCUCACGGCCAUCGCCGCGGCGUGCGCGGGCGUGGCGGCCAUGGGCAACCCGGCAGCCGCCGCCGUUACGCACGUGCUGCACAACAAGCUGGAGUUCCCGCUCGCCACCAGCGUCGAGGACAUCCUCGUCUUCUCCAUCGGCACCGGCUCGUCCACCACCGUCUCUAGCGGGCCGAAGCCGAACACGCCAGUGCCGCCCACACGCGCACCGUCACCGCGGGAGCUGGCACGCGUCACCGACGAGGGUGUGGCGGACAUGGUGGACGAAUCAGUGGCCAUGGCGUUCGGGGACGCGUGUGGAAGCAACUAUGUCCGUAUCCAGGCCGGCAGAAAAUCGGCGCCUCUCCGCGCGGAGACGGCGGUCGCUACCGCAGAGGCGAUGCUGGCGCAGCGGAACGUGGAAUCGGUGCUAUUCCGCGGGCGGAGGCUGUCGGAGCGGACGAACGCCGAGAAAGUGGACACGCUGGUGACGGAGCUGGUCAAGGAGCAGGAGCGGCGGAGGAGCAGCCCGUUCCCUAACGUGGCCAUCAAGCAGGUUGCUACGCCGCGGCUGUCGUCGGCGACCACCGCAUCAUCGGGCACCACGACGGCGCGGACAACGUCGUCGAUGCCCUCGCCGGCGUCGUGGGAUUCUCGCCGAUAG